AUGCCUCGACCAGCGUGCGGAUCUCAGCUCAACAGUCCUGUUCGCCGUUGUGCGUGGGACAGGUUUCCAGAGUUCGAGCUGUUCUCGCGAUGGAAUUGGGACUUCGCAGACAAGACAGGUAGAGGAAGUGGAAUGUCAGGUUUCAACGUAUUUUAUCAGCUAUUUCUGAAACCACAUGUAAUUCACAUACCUGGUCUACGAGGCAUACCCCUGCUUCAAUCGGGCUGCGUCACUGCAUUGCCAGAACCUCAUUCAUGUACACUGCGAUUUAGCGAGAUGGCGGACGGCGGUGAUCCCUGCUAG